GCUGAAUUACAUGUUAUUACGAAUGAAUGUGGAAGUGUCGGAGUGAUUCGCUGCUAUGGUUUUACUAAAAAUCCAGAAACAAACGAAUUUAUGCUGAUAAUGGAACGUGGGAUAAAUGGUAGUUUAAGGCAGUAUCUAGAUAAGGAUUUUAUUUCACUGAGUUGGAUGAAUAAGUUGGAUGCUUUGAGAUAUAUAGUACUUGGUAUUGGUAAAAUCCAUGAACGAGGAUUAAUUCAUCGUGAUUUUCAUUCUGGAAAUAUGAUAAAUAUGGCUAAUCAAAUUAUUUUUAUUACUGAUUUGGGAUUAUGUCGACCAAUGAAUGCUCAAAACAAUGGUACGUAUGGAGUUUUACCUUAUGUAGCUCCCGAGGUUUUAAGAGGAAAAGAAUAUACUCAAGCAAGUGAUAUUUAUGGAUUUGGAAUCAUUGCAUAUGAAAUCUGUACUGGAUUACCCCCUUAUCAUGAUAUUGCUCAUGACAGAACCUUAGCUGUUAAUUUGUCAAGGAUUAAGACCAAAGUCCAAUUAUAAAAUUCCUCAAUUAAUUUUAGACAUAAUUCACUGAUGUUGGGAUAAUGACCCUCUAAAACGACCUAAAGCAAUGAACUGGGGAUUUUAUCUGUUUAUAAGAGAGAAAUUAUUGAUGAGAAAAAUACCGAGAUCUGUAAACAAGCUGAAGAAGCAGAUGAAAUUAAUAAAGAUUUACCAUCAUUAACAGCACUUUAUCAAAUACUAAUACACUCUCAUAUAGUACGCAUCCUCAAGCAAUUUAUACAAGUAGAAUUUUAGAUUUUAAAGAUCUUCCAGAAUCCAAUUUAAUCAAUUUAAGAAUUGAUUCUGAAGGUAUUUA